CCUCACUACAGUACCUAAAGGCUUCAGAAGGUCAACAAGCCGCAACAGCGCAAAUCAACCCCCGGACCUAGCUUGAGGCCCUGGGCAUUUAGGUGACCACUUAGCGGGGUUUGCCGGAAAAGCAUCCAUGCCCCCGACUGGCGUCUUUUCAACCAACGACAACAGGUUCUGGCCUGUGCAUCGAAUCAUCAACAAGACGUCGUUUCGUGAAUUGUACCUCGGGCACGAUUGCGCAAACAAUAGGUCCCGCCUUCGCCUUCGCCUUCGCCUUCGAGCUGACUUUCGAUUUGUUUCUUUCCGUGUCAGAUAUUUCCCCUCUGAAGCAUUUUCCUCACUCGGCAACCCGAAAGCUCGGCCGUUAGUUAGAGCUGUGCAAGCUCCUCUCCAGUGACUCUUUAUUCUGCCGCAACUCGUGUCGCACCUCAGCUUUCCGAUCUCUCAGGCGAUUCUCGACAAUCUUUUCCUUCUCAUAUUCUUCGCCUGCAAACCUCGUCACCCUCGUCCCACCUCUGAUCGACAUCGUUGAACAACGGGAUCAUGGCGCUUUGCCAGAACCGAUUACAAGAGGAGAGGAAGCAGUGGCGACGAGACCAUCCUUUUGGUUUCUAUGCCAAGCCACAGCGUACCAAAGAAGGUGUACUCGAUGUCAAAAAUUGGGAAUGCGGAAUCCCUGGCAAAGAGAACACCAUUUGGUCUGGCGGACUCUUCAAGCUGACCAUCGCUUUCCCUGAUGAGUACCCUACAAAGCCUCCCAAGUGCAAAUUUGUCCCCCCGCUGUUCCACCCCAAUGUGUACCCUUCAGGAACUGUCUGCCUGUCCAUCCUCAACGAAGAGGAGGCCUGGAAGCCUGCGAUCACCGUCAAACAAAUCCUUCUCGGUAUCCAGGACCUUCUCAACGACCCCAACCCCGAGUCACCUGCGCAAGCAGAGGCAUACAAUCUCUUCAAGAGAGAUCGUGCCGAGUACGAGAAGCGAGUUCGCCGUACGGUUCGCGAGAACCCCACACCUUGAUGAAGCGUUCGGAGGCGUUGGGAGAGAAGAGACCUUUUAGACCAAAUUUUUCUUUGUAAGGCACCUCAGGCUACGGCGUUUAAAGGGAAAUACCAAGGCGGAAAGUUACUCAGAGUCUAUGAAGUAGACUCCACGCAUUACGGAAACACGCUAUAUAUCACAGUAUGACAAGGAGAGUUGACAAUACAACUGGAGAUAGGUGCUAGCGGAACGUCAUCAAGAUCCUUUUUAUACUGGAGAACGAGCAGGCAGUUCGCUGCGAUAGUGCGCUUUUUUGAAAUUCGUUGAAGUCCUCAUUUCGUAAAGACACCAUUUGUCCCGGGACUGUCGAAGAGCCACUAACCACCCUUGUCGAUCCGUGUUUCUUGGGUCAUCACCGGCGAGUGAAUCACUUGCGGCUGCGUUGUCGGGAUAUGCCCGACCCACUCGGUUACGUCGUAAACGAGAGCGGUUGUCUCGCUCGUGUGAAAGCUGUGGUGGGAAAGGGUUGAUGGGGAGUUGAUAUGACAAGGCCUGAGUGAUAUAUGUGAUGGGGCUGCCUUAUGUUUAAGUUUUGGAGAACAGUUUCUUUAUCAAGAAUCUCGUAUGUCCUGAUAAAUAUAUGUUGAUUUCCAUUCUCGAUGGCAUAGGGACUCUCAGUUCAUACAUAGUUUUUAUUACUGUAGGUAUGGAGUACUUUCAUCAGAGCCUGUCAAAGUUGGUCUUGUGACGUGACAAUCAAGAGCCGCAUGUCCGCUGUAUUCCCCUUAUCAAGUCCAUAAGUCAAAGUUUAUUUAGAUUAUGUAAACUGGGCCGGGA